GCGUUUCGCUGACCUAAAUCCCACGUCGAAUAUUGGAAAUGGGCAGGGGUGUAAAGAGCGCUUUGGCUGGAGACAAGUCAUUACUUCUGAAGAGAGUCAAAUCCCUUCUGCUUCCUUGUGUUGGAUGCAUGUAACUGGGACCAAGCUACAGGAAUGUGCACGGAUUGAUUGGUUCCCACCAUGUUCUCACAGUGCUCGCAGGAACUGUUGAAGACUGCAAAUCUUCAUCUCCGGAGUCUGAAUCUGAAUCUGCUUUUAAGAAAUCACAAGAGAGCUUUCAGCAAGUCACUGCCUGCAUGUCGAAGGAAAGUAGUUGUUACGGGUAUUGGCCUGGUGUCUCCUCUUGGUGUGGGGACUCAGCUUGUGUGGAAGCGCCUUCUCCAAGGAGACAGUGGGAUUGCAUCACUAGAUGGGGAAGAAUAUUCAGGCAUCCCAUGUAGAGUGGCUGCCUGUGUGCCACGGGGAGAUGAGGAGGGCCAUUUCAAAGAAGAGAGCUUUGUUUCAAAGUCAGAAAUCAAGUCUAUGAGUUCUGCUACUGUCAUGGCCAUCGGUGCAGCAGAACUAGCAAUAAAGGACUCUGGCUGGUCUCCACAGUCUGAACAGGACCAUUUAAGAGCUGGUGUGGCAAUUGGAAUGGGAAUGGUUCCACUGGAAGAGAUUUCUGAUACAGCUUCUUUAUUUAAAACCAAGGGUUAUAGCAAAGUCAGUCCGUUCUUUGUCCCAAAGAUUUUAGUCAAUAUGGCAGCAGGUCAGAUCAGCAUUAAAUACCAACUGAAAGGGCCAAAUCAUGCAGUGUCAACUGCUUGUACAACAGGUGCGCAUGCUAUUGGAGACUCCUUUCGAUUUAUCGCCUUGGGUGAUGCUGAUAUCAUGUUGGCUGGAGGGACUGAGGCUUGCAUUAGUCCUUUGUCCUUGGCUGGAUUUGCAAGAGCUCGGGCACUAAGCACUGGUUUUAAUGCAAGCCCUAAAAUGGCGUGUCGGCCAUUUGAUUCAAAGAGAGAAGGGUUUGUAAUGGGAGAGGGUGCUGCAGUGCUGAUCUUGGAGGAGUAUGGACAUGCUGUACAGAGAGAUGCUAGGAUCUAUGCAGAAGUUUUAGGUUAUGGACUGUCGGGUGAUGCUUGCCACAUAACAGCACCUAAUCCGGAGGGAGAUGGUGCAUUCAGGUGUAUGUCUGCAGCAAUAAAAGAUUCUGGAAUCAAGCCUGAAGAUAUAACAUAUGUCAAUGCACAUGCAACUUCUACUCCUUUAGGAGAUGCUGCUGAGAAUCAAGCAAUCAAGAAACUUUUUAAAAAUCACUCACGUAAUAUUGCAGUUUCCUCUACUAAAGGAGCAACGGGACAUCUUUUGGGAGCCGCAGGAGCUAUUGAAGCAGCUUUUACUGCGCUGUCCUGUUACCAUGCAAUUUUGCCACCUACUUUAAACUUAGAAAAAACAGAGCCAGAGUUUGAUCUUAAUUAUGUUCCAUUAAAAGCUCAGGAGUGGAAAACUGAAAAACGGCGUGUUGCGCUUACAAAUUCAUUUGGCUUUGGUGGUACUAAUGCAACUUUGUGCUUUGCAAGUGUUUAACUUGUGCUGUGCAUCUUGUGAGGAACGGCAUUCAAUUUUCUGUACCGCCAUCUUUGCUAUAUAGUAUAAUCAUUUCUCAGCUUUGAGACUUGAUAUGUAACUUUAUUCGCUCCAACAUUUACAUCAAUAAUUCCUUCAAAAAGAGGGAAUUUCUUUUACUCGUUUUAAUAAAAAUAAAGAUCUACUUUUCA